CUUACAUGCAGCUAAUACUUUUCACUCAAUGACUCCAUCAUGGGAUGCUCAGAGCUGCUGAUUCUGGUUCUACUCCUAAAUGUUGCUCACUUCUUGGAGAUUCUGGGUUCCGAUGGAGAACCGAUCCUUGAUAUCACACGCAACGUCACCGGGGUCCUGGGAGAGGAUGUGUACCUGAGGUGUAGCUAUAUGGGAGAGAGUAAGAUCCUCAGUGCCUUGUGGAAACGUCAGAUUAACUCAAAAGUUAAAUCCAGGUCACGGGCAGGAUUUGUUAAUGAUAAACUGUUCAGCAGCCACCCUGAUUUCUCUGAGCCUGACUCUGUCACCAACCUGACAGUGAGGAUGAAUGUGUCCAGUGUGGAUGUAGAGGGAGAAUACGUCUGUGAGUUUGAAUUCGACGAGGCGUCUUUUUCGGACAGCGUUUUCCUCACUGUAGUAGUUCGGCCUGAAAUCCAGAUUGAGGUGAGUGCAGAGACAAUAAACGACACUCGUUACCAAUCAGUGUUGUGCUCUGCUGUCGGCGGCAGGCCUUUACCUGAGAUCAGCUGGUUGGUUGGCAGCCUCCCUCCAUCAGAUCACCCUUUCACCGUACUGAUGAAUAAAACUCUUCACCCCAAUGGUACCUCCACCCUGAGCAGCACCCUCCGCUUCCCCACCCACCUGCAGGACGAGGACAGUGUUGCCUGCGUGGUCCGACAUCCGGCCCUCCCAUCCCCCACAGUCACCACAGUGAGAGUGGAAACGUACGUGAGGCCAAAUGUGACCAUUAAAGCAGAGAUGGUACAACGCGAAGGAAGUGACUUCUGGGUGGUCUCCUGUAUUUCGUCUGGAGGGAGACCUGAUACUGAAAUCUCCUUGGCUUUGAACAGUGAAGAGGAGCAGCAGAGGGAGGACAGCAAAGACUCAGACACUCAAACAAGCUCAGCCAUCCUCCCUGCAGACAAGGGCCGCAAUGUCACCUGUGUGUUUGACCAUCCCAAGUUUAUGCACACAGUGUCACGAGUCAUAACCCUGCCGUCGUUUUUUAUUUCAGAGGUUCAGCUGUACUCGGAGCCGCAAAGACGCAAUGAUGACUUUGAAGACAUUGAAUCUUUUGAGCUGCAUGAAGGACAGAAAGAUAUCGUCAUCAGCCUGCAAGUCAUUGGGAAUGUGCCACGUUACAAUGUUACCUGCAAUAAAGAUGACGGCCCCUUGACUGAGGGUGUGGAGCUCAUUGGCAGCAACUUCACAGUUCAGGGUCCUUUGGAGCCUCGGCAUGCUGGCGUGUAUGAAUGUCUCCUCUCCUAUCACCAUCUUCAAGCUGCAAUCAAGUUUAAUAUCACAGUUAAUCCUCCAGUUUUAGAGCCUGUUCCUCCUUCUAUAAGAGUUGAUGUGCAAACUAAAGAUGGACACCGGGUGAUUGAGUGCUCAGCAGCUGAUGCUGUUCCUGCAGCCAACAUGUCCUGGCUCCUACCGGAGGGUGUGUCAGGAGUCUCUCGGUUCAAUUUCACUUCUCAUAAUGGAAGCCACUCAGUCAGAGAAGUUUUACUCCUCCCUGCCUGCUCGCCUCGGGAGCUCUCUGCAGAGUGUGUGAUAAAUCACCCAGCGUUCGAGGAGCCACAGAACAGAAGUAUAACACUCCCUCUUUGCGCUCACCCAAACAUCACUGUCAACUCUAGCAGUGAAUGGAGAGACGGUGACAAGUACAUGACGGUGGACUGCUCUGUGGAGAGUGAAGCUACUGCAGCCUCCAUAACGUGGCAUGUUGGAGACCCUGACAGCAGCAUCAGUCCUCUACCAGAGACUAAAGUUCACUCUGAUGGUUUCGUAUCUUCCCGUAGUUCAGUGCACUUUUUGUCCUCUUUGUAUUCUGGUCACAAUCUGACCUGCACAGUGGAGCAUCCAAGCCUGGAGGCAUCAGAAAAAAGAACAAUACACAUUCCUGUGCCCAAAGCCCCUCAGCUGAGUGUGUCGGUUGUGAGACAGCAGGACUCUCAGCUCUGGUUGGCCGUGUGUGGCUGCAGAGGGGAGGGUAUUGGGACAAACCUCACCUGGGAUCUUCCUGAAAAUGCCAAAGAACAAACAUCCCUGCAUGUAGAGUCCGAAGGCCGAGUCCUGAAAGCCAGGCUGACUUAUCAGUUUCCACUGGACCUUCAUGAGGGGCAAAGCCUGACAUGUGUGUAUCAUUUGCAACAUGAAGCCACAGAGAAGACCAUUCACAUUCCCAGAUAUUAUAUUUCCUCUUUGAAAGUCCUAAACCACACGACCUCUCUGAAAAAUCGCUACGGUGGUGAAGCCAUCAUACAAAGACUUUCUCUCCAGCAAAGUCAACACAACCAGAGAGUACUGCUGCAAGUCAAAGGCAAUGUGCCAGAAUACGACCUCAACUGUAAAAGGAGUGACGGCUUGCUUGUCCAAAUGGACGGGGAUGCAAUGGUCUUCCCUUCAGAACUGACCAAGCAGGAUGAAGGUCUUUACACCUGCUGGGCGUCCUUCUAUCACCAAACUGCCAUGGUCAGCUUUGAUGUGGAGCUCACGAGCCAGGACAGACUGUUUGCACUUGUGACCAUGAUCUGCAUCUCAUCAGGCUUUGCUCUCAUCCUUAUGCUCAUAGUGGCCGUCUGGGCCUGCAGCAAAAGAGAGAAAGAGACGAAGUACAAGAAGCGAGAAUCUUUCUCAGCCUUGACGACUUUGAUGCAGGAGUCCGCCUCUCAUGACGCCAAGAAACCAUCAGUAACGAGUGAGAAAGAUAGUAAGGAGUAUGCCCAGCUCAUCAGUUACUCCAUAGUCAUUGACGUCAAGAGUAAAGUGUGAAGAUAAAGGUGUCUGUUGGAUGACAGCACUUUUGUAAUUGUUCAGUGAGCUUGCCUGAUCUGCAGCAGUGACAUUUUUAUUUUUAAAUGAACUGGCAUUACAGAUGAAAGGAUCCAGUUUAUAUGAUUACAUAUUUUUCUAAGGCUUUCAGUCCUGGUUUUUGGCAUUAAUGAUUUUAAACUCAUUUAUUUUUGCACUUUUUUGCAUUUACUUGAAUUUUUUUUGUUUCUAUGAACAUGUAUUUUCUGAAAUUUGUGAAUAAAAAGUUCCUACUUU